AUGACUCAAUGGGAAAACUAUUUAAAAAGGAUUUAUUUUGAUCCGUCGCAUCCUGCGAGUUUCAGUGGACCACAAAAAUUGUACAAAGUGGUGAAAGAGGAAGGCAAAUUUAACAUUGGUAUGCACAGGAUAAGAAAGUUUCUUCAUGACCAAGAGUCCUACAGUCUGCAUAAACCUGUGAGAAGACAGUUUCAAAGAAAUCAUGUGGUCAGUAGCGGAAAAGACGACCUUUGGAUGGCAGACUUAAUCGAUAUGGUCAAGUUUGAGAAAUGGAACAAAGGAUACAAAUACAUAUUGUAUGUUACCGAUACAUUCAGCAAGUACGUUUGGCUAAAACCUCUCAAACAGAAAACUGGAAAUGAUGUGACAGAGGCGUUUAAAGAUAUCUUCACACAUUCAGGCCGUAUGCCAAAGAGAUUGAUAACUGACAAAGGUCAGGAGUUCAGAUCAGUACAAGAUCUGAUGAAAAAGUACAAUGUCUUAUACUCACCAACACAGAAUGAGACUAAGGCGAGCACGAGUGAACGUGCAGUACUUAGCAUAAAAUCAAAAAUAAUGCGCUACCUAGCAUACAAGGAUAACUACACAUAUCUACCUAGUUUAUCAGAAUUUUCAAAGUCAUACAAUACCACAUACCAUAGAACAAUUGGAACAACACCGGCCAGUGUAAAAGACGUUAACCAGAAAAAAGUGAGAUUAGCCACAUAUUUUGCACAAAAUCCGAGGAAAGGCAAAAUUAGCGCGAAACUAAAACCGUUUAAAUUUAAAAUUGGUGACUAUGUAAGGAUUACAUAUUUGAGAAAUUCGUCUACCCGCGCAUAUGAUCAAACGUACAGUGGAGAAGUGUUCCGAGUUUCAAAACGUUAUCACAGAGGAUUUUUGGCUGUGUACAGGCUGAAUGAUUUGCAAGAAGAAGAAAUUAAAGGAACAUUUUUUGAGAGUGAAAUGCAGAAAGUGAACUAUGAUCCAAGUCAAAGCUUUAAAGUUGACAGAAUUAUAAAGACAAGAGGAAAAGGACAGAAUAAGCAAUAUUUAGUACAAUGGAAAUAUUACCCGAAGAAGUUCAAUAGCUGGGUGAAAGCUAAUGACCUACAGUGA